CUCCUCCUCCCACCCGCCGAAAAUGAACGCCACUUUCGCCGCUUCUUCGUCUUCCCUCUCCUCGUUGUCCUCAUCUACCCCUUCAGAUCCAGACAUGCUGCUGCCUGCCUCACCCCCAUCCAAUUCGAGCCAGUCUGAUAUCACGCCUGCUGAUCUCUCUCCUCCAUCUCCCCCCGCACACAAGCCCACUCUCCAGGGCAUUUCUUCUCCCCUUCCUUCCCCCGCUCCCUCUUCCUCUGACAUGGGCCAGGUCAUCAGUCGCCCCCGAGACACGCAUUCUCAACCCGGCUCACCACCAGCGUCCAGCUCUGGCGCUGCCUUCAAGCUCAAGAGCGCGUUUGGCGCGAGGAGGAAGAGAGCAGAUGCUCCCUCAUCUCCUCACAAGUCCAAUGCCAGCAGGGAUGUCAACCUCAAUGACACCACGGCCGCGCCGGGUACUCCGCAACGGCACCCAUUGGCCAAACAGUUGACGCUUUCGUUAGCGUCCCACAUGUUCAAUCGCAAGGGCUCUUCCUCCACCGCAACUACACCAGUGCCGCCACCCAUAUCUCCCGUUCCUCCUCCCGUCCCCCCCAAGUCUUCGCCUUUACCUCGGCCCACGGAAAUCAACAGUGCUGUCGACAGACGCACAUCAGUCAUGCCCACAAGUCCAAGUAUGGCACCUGCACUCGACUUUAUGCGUCGCGUGGACAGCAAAGACAAGGACGGCGACAGGCCGGAGAGUAAGGAGGGAAAGCGUAAGAGCGACUCUACGAUAAGUCACCAUACGAUCAGACCUGGCUUUUCCAUUAGCAAUCGCUCUUCCCGACCCGUUUCCAUGGCCGAGUCGCUACACUCCACCCACACAGUACAACCUUCAAGCAAGCGACUGAGCGCAUUCAUGACGGAUGAGGAGAACACGAUGGUCGAAGAAGAUGACUCGGAGAGACCAGUAGAGAUAACACGUUCUUCUACCCUUCAUGCUUCUAGUGCUUCUCUAUUCACUCCUCGCAACAGAAGGUCGCAGUCUGUCUGUUUCGGACCGAUCAGGGGUUUAUCACCGUCUGAGUCGACACCUAUCCCUACUUCCGCUAGCCUAGAAGCUUUUUCCAACUUCUCGUCUACCGAGCCUGUUCGGACCCCGCGGCCGCACCCUGUCACUGUUGUUUCACCAGAGGCCAGAUUUACAGGCUUCAUGCCCUCAACACCACUUUCGUCGACACCUUUGCAGCUCCGUCCUUCCCAUCAACUUCACCACGUCUCUCGGUCUUCGACAAGCCAGAUGGAUGCGGGUAACAGUUUCCGCCAUACUGCUAUCAGCGUGACCUCCAGCUUCGCUCCGGCAGCUGGCUUGGCUAGGCGCGCCGUGGAAAAGAUGGGCCGUGUGUGGGGCUCCCGGACGUCCUCGUCAUCGUCGGGUCGUAUUUCCCCAGCUAGCUCAGGGCCAAGUGCUUUUGCUCCGUUCAAGUCAACGUCGCGCAACAGCCUGAGCCCCUCAGAGUCUACCCACAACUCCAGACGCAGUAAACACCAUCCGCAGUCUUCAGCAAGCUGGAGUAUUAGCUCUCACGGGUCGUCAUCUAUAUCGGACCAGGAUGGCUUCGUCACUUCAUCCACCCUAUUCUUAGGGAAACGCCUGCGGGGCCCGGUGCGCAUGUCACCAGGAGGUGCUGGUGUCGCUGGAGGGCUGGUUUUUGGUCGUGAUCUCCGGCUGUGUGUUAAGCAGACUGCAAUUGAGCCCAUUCGGAUUGCAUUGGAACAAGCAGAGCAAAACGGGGGUUCUUACGAGUGGAAGAACACAGCCACAAUCGAGGAGCGCCUGCUGCCUGCGAUUGUUGUGCGAUGCGCGCAGCAUCUUUUGACGUGGGGUGUCCAGGAGCUGGGCUUAUUCAGGGUCAGCGGGCGCCCUGCUCACAUAUCGAAGCUGAGGUCCGAGUUUGACACCGGUGCUGAUUUCGAGCUCGCCGAAUGUGGGCCUGGCGACUUCGAUCCGCAUGCUGUCGCAUCCGUCUUCAAAGCGUAUCUUCGAGAGCUUCCGGAGCCCAUCUUAACCCAUGGACUAUCGCCUUACUUUGAAGCAGCGAUGGUUUCGGACCGUAGCAAUCAUGCUGACGGUUCGAUUCAUGCCCCAGAACAUGCUCGGUCUCCCAGUCAGCCUGGAUUUGCUGGACUGCGCAAACCACCAUCCCUUUCUACAUUAGCUGUUCCGGGUUUUGCUGGCUCCAAUCCACCGUCAGAAUACUUGCGACGUGCCUUGUCUAACCUUAUCGCUCGUCUUCCAGCAGAAAACCGGGACUUGCUCCUCACGGUCAUUGAGUUGAUCAACGAGACCGCGAGACGGAAACAGGAGACCAAGAUGCCCAUGAGCAAUCUCCUACUAGUGCUUUGUCCUAGCUUGAACAUGAACCCUACCCUAUUGCAGGCUUUGUGUGAAAGCGAGGGUAUAUGGGAGGGUGCCAUUCAGGACGAAGAAACUCAACCGGGCGUAAAUGACGUGCCUCAGGAGGACGAGGCCAAUAUGGCCGGAGCAUCUAGGACGGGUCGUACAGUCAGGCCUCUACCUCAAAUCCCUCGCAGAAAUCCUCAGAACCCUCCGGAAACGUUGUAUUUGGAUUGCAUAUCUGAUGACCAACCACCGGCGCCGUCUACCUCCUUAGAGGCCAGCCCUCACUCCGAGGUUGCUGAUGAAACCUCCCCAAGAACGUCGAACGAUGACAGUGUUUCAUCAUCCUCAAGGCUCUCGACUCCGGGUCUGGAAUAUGGUCCAUUGAACGUCAACUCCCCUCCCUCCCUCUCGUCCUCUGCGGAUACGCUCUCGACUCCGUCUAUGCUGUCCGCUUCUCCCAGUCACAACACCAAGCCUCUGCCUCUGGGCGACGAGUUGUCUGGGCACGAAAAUGACCUUAGCCAGCCUAUCGCACCUGCCAACAUCCCUCUGCCUAUCACUGCCCCGCCAUCUCAAGUCCCUUCAUUCGACCGCAUUGAGUUUCCGUCAUCAGACGAUACUCUGACACGGCCAGCUGUGGCCCAUCAGCGAUCGCAACCGUCUCUUUCCAUCACAACAUCACAACCGCGACAAGCGUCGAGGUCGAACUCACUUGUCUCGAAGGCUUUGUUGCGAAAGCCGUCUUUGCACUUACUCUUUUCAAAGAUGACCAUGUCGAAUCCGGACACCGCAUCCGAUUCACCGGUGCCGCAAUCUGCGACUUCGUCGAUGAUGUUGUCGCCUUCGAGGCGUUCCCAGGUUCACUCAGUAGCGACAUCUGGGUCCACCGGCUCCCUGUUCACGGCACCUCAGUCUAGUAGAUCUGCCAAUCCACCUGUGCUGAACACCGCCAUCGACUCAUCGUCAAUCUCUCUCGCUUUGGGUAUCGACAAUGACGAGAGCCCGAGUCAGCUUGAAGCCACCGCUGCGUCGGAUAGCCCCACCGCCAAGCCUGCGACCCGUAAAUGUGCGUCAGAGGCGUUGGCCGGGGAUUUGAACGCCCCCCGAGGCCGGCCGACAUCGGUAUCCCCUUCUCGCUCGCUUUCCCGGCACUCAAUAGCGUCAACGACGUAUUUGGACUUUACCAUUCGUGAUAACGAGUGUGGCGAUGAAGAAGAUUGGACAAGAAGUGUCCUCAUGGCUGCUGGUGCUAAUUCAUAGUACCUCGCCACUAUGAGCGAAUACUCAAUCUAACGUUUUCCCUUUUCUUGUUUACUUGACUUUUUUUCGACCCUUCAUUCAUGGACUUGUCUAUGUGACGCCUCCGAGCAGCGAGUCUCUCGGUUGUCGUCGUCUCUUCACACGCUGGUGUUGGGUAGCUUGCAUAAAAUAUCUUAAUCGCGAUAUAUAUACCCUCCCAGCCUCAUCACUCACAGAUACUCAUUUAUCCCGGAUACGUUAGUACCAGCUCUGUUGUCUUGCGGAAUCUCAGGGGAAUGACACAUCCCUAUUUACGACG